GGAUCAACGUUCAUUUGCGGAAUCUUUCAGUCUCCAAUAUCGCUAUACCUCGAAUGUUGUACGAUGAAUGGCAGCAUGCCAACUGGCUGCAGAUUGACUCUAAUUUUCCCGUUGGUGGAAACACUGCUGCUGCAUGGCAUUAUCCCGAGCCACAUCCCAGACUCCAGUAUAAGAUGCUGUGUAGUCCACGCAACAUGAGGUUCAUCUACCAGUAUUGGCACCAGAGAUCACAAUGCGUCUUCUUCUCCUAUCAUUCUUCAUUCUCCCCCUCUACGCCCUGCCGACUCCCGGCCACACUCUCAAACCACCGUUCUUCCUCUUAGCCGGCGACAGCACAACCGCCAAACAGUCCUCCAACGGCGGCGGUUGGGGCAACGGAUUCCUCAACACGACCCUCUUCCACGGCGCCAGCGGCCUCAACUACGGCCACAACGGCGCCACGACCGUCAGCUUCCGCGCAGGAGGCGACUGGGCCACGGUUCUCGCCAAAGUAGCCGAGUACAAGGACCGCUACACGCCCUUCGUGACCAUCCAGUUCGGCCACAACGACCAGAAACCCGCCGCCAACAUCUCUCUCGCGGAGUACACACGCAACCUGGAGCGAUUCGUCAGCGAGGCGCGUGAUGCAGGCGCGACGCCUAUCCUGGUGACCCCGCUUUCACGCCGGAAUUACGAGACUUCCAACGCCACCGGCGAGUCUACUAUUAUCCUGAGUCUGGCGGACCAGCGCGCGGCGACUAUCGCGGCCGCGCAGAAUUCGCAUGCGGCGUACAUCGAUUUGAAUGGUGCGAGUACGCGAUACCUGAAUAGGAUUGGGCCCGAGAAGGCGUACACGUAUAAUCUCAAUCCGGAGGACCGGACGCAUCUGAAUGUGCAGGGCAGUAUUGUGUUCGGGGGAAUGGUGGCCGAGUUGAUCGACGGGGUUUUUGCGGGGCUGGAAAAGGCGGGUAUGUCAGGGUAA